UUAGAGGUGAUUGGAUUUACAGUCACUCCACCCCUAAGGAAUCCAGUGCAACGAAGGUCUUGCAGAGUCAUCUCCACUUAACACAUUCCUUUCCCUCCUUCCAUGAUGAGAUCUCCUGUCCUUGAUUGAGAAGCUAAUCAAAUGACAUUCAUAAGUAUUUAGUAUUCCUAGGAAAGUACAUUCACCCAACUAAAUUCAUCAUCUUAGUUCCGGUGGACUUCAUUAACAAACUGCCCCUUUGUGCAGUGCUAGAACAAAUUUUGCAUUUGCUUUCACAUGCCCUGACAGCUAACAAUCAAGGUAAUCAAACCCUUUGUCAAUCCCAGGAACUGACCAUUGGAAUCUUUGUUCUAAUGGCUAUGUGGGUUCUUCCACCUCAGGGCCCGUUUUACCUAUAAAGGUAGGGCUCUGGCCCAUACAAAUUGUGCAUGCUUCCUGGCUGCUCCCUUAGGGUCGCUUCCCUAAGCCUCUUUCUCUUCAUACAUGUUUACUGGAUCCAAAGCGCUGUUCCCUUGAGGUUUGCCCUAAGCCUCUUGCUCCCUUGGCUGAGAAUGCUGGUGUUUGAAGCUCUCCCUCCACAGAUUUCCCUGCUCUUCGGAUAGGCAAUUAUUGCCUUGCAAUUCCUCAAAUCUAUUCCACCUUCACCACUGCUUUCCUUAGGCCUCUUGUGUGUUUGUGAGUGUAUGCAUUUACCCCUUAAAUAAAAGCUACCCUUUAAUUAAGAACACCAGCGUUGUGUGUGUAUAUGCUUGGGAAAGGACUCUGUAAAUUAUUGGUGAUAAGAUCCUGUGGUUACAGGCCUCUCACAUAGCUGUCUUCCUUGCUUGCUAAUUCCCCCCACAAAUUCUAUUUACUAGUAAGGAGAUCAAUUCAGGUAACAGUAGAGGGAACAAUUCUAAGGAAAUCUACGUGGAAGUGAGUUCCAUUUUAUUUUAUUUUAUGGAACUUACUCCCAGGAGUUAGGUUUUUUUUAACACUAAAAAAAUGUAUUUCAAUAUGAGAUUUCAUGAGUCACAGCUCACUUUUUCAGAUACAUUUGCAACAGGAAAAUCAUACUGGAAAAUGUUAUGGGGAAGAUAAGAAUUCCAGGUAUGAUUUCCCCAUCACAUAUCUAUCUGAAAAAGUCAGCUGUGACUAGGCUGUGCUUGGCAACCAGUGGGAGACUUGGCAGUGGAAACAUAGAGGGGGGCUGUGAUGUCCUGUAUGCUGCUAAAUCAUUUUGGUGAAAAACUCAGAAAUGUCAUAGGGUAGCUCUAGGAAUCCCCAGAAACUCUGUGGUAAAACCACAGUGUUUCCAGUGAUUCCUAAAGUUACCUUACAUCACUUUGAGUUUUCCCAGGGGAUGCCAGAGUUCAUAAAAAAAAUGUAUCUCACAACUUCUUGGAGCAAACAAUGCUGCCAGCUGGAGGUGGGCAAAGAGGGCUGCCAGCUGGAGGCCUCCCACUAUAGUGGGAGGACUGGCAGCCCUAACUGUGACUCACAAAAGCUCGUAUUCAAAUAAAUGUUGUUGCUACUGUACUUUUAUUUUAUUUUGUUAACAUGACUACCCUUUUGCAAUAAUUUAGGAUUGCAGCCUAACAGUGCAACCCUGAACAGAUACAUGCCCUUCAGUGUCCACUGAAGACAAUGGGGCUGUGAAGGAUGUAACUCUGCUUAAAACUGUCUUGUAAAGUAACAAGUAUCCUGAGAUUCUGUCAUCAAUACGCGGAUGACACCCAGCCUUUUCUGUUGAUGGACGGCCAGCCAGACAUGGCCCCAGACCAUCUGGCCAGAGCUCUGGAGGCUGUGACGGCAUGGUUGAAACAGAGCAGGCUGAAACUGAACCCAGUGAAGACGGAGGUCCUGCAGCUGGGACGGGGGCUGCCAGAUGUUGGGAUCCAGCUCCCUGCCCUGGAUGGGACACCACUGGCAACUUUGCCAGUGGUGAAGAGUCUGGGCGUGCUCCUGGAUGUCUCCUUGUCGAUGGAGGUGCAGGUCACGGCGGUUGCCAAGUCUGCAUUUUUCCAUCUUUGUCAGAUCAGGCAACUUGCCCCCUACCUGACGCCCCAGGACCUGGUUACAGUGACCCAUGCAACGGUCACCUCCAGGCUAGAUUACUGUAACUCAUUCUACGCUGGGCUACCCCUGGGCGUGAUCCGGAAACUACAACUGGUCCAGAAUGCAGCGGCGCAGGUCCUGACUGGUAUAUCCUACCAGUCACAUAUCACACCUGUCCUGCGCCAGCUGCACUGGCUUCCAGUUGAAUUUCGAAUCAUGUUCAAGGUAUUGGUUCUUACCUUUAAAGCCCUGAGCGGGUUGGGACCGGCAUAUCUUCGGGACCGCCUCUCCCUGUAUGUUCCCCGGAGACCGCUUCGAUAAGCGGAUAAAUAUUUACUGGUGGUCCCCAGCCCUAAGGAAGCCUGCCUUGCUUCAACCAGGGCCAGGGCCUUUUCAGUCCUGGCCCCAGCCUGGUGGAAUGCUCUGUCAAUGGAGACCCGGGCCCAGCGGAACCUAUUAUCAUUCUGCCAGGCCUGUAAAACAGAGCUGUUCCACCAGGCGUUCGGUGGUUGAAGGGGGUGGUGCCAUGUCGGCCUCCCAACUUUGGAGUGGGGGGGUUCUCCCCACCAUUGCACCUGGUUAAUUUAUUUCAUUAUUGUUUUGUAUGUUGAUUUUAGAAUUGUUGUUUUCUUGUUUUUAUUGAUUUUAACUUGUUCACUGCCCAGAGCCCCUGAGGAUGGGUGGUAUAUAAAUUGAAAUAUAAAAAAAUAAAAAA